ACACAUUUAUAUUAAUAAGCAAGCUGCUAGAUAAGCAAAACAGAAGCACUGUUAUGCUUGUCCAUUGGCUGUCAUUCCAGAGGGGUGUUUUGCUUAAUUCCCAGCAUACACAAUUACAAUGACGCACAUGUGUAUUUAUGGGUUGAUCUGUGGGCAGCCCAUAAUGGAUUUGUGUUUAAUGAUAAAAAUGCUACCUAUGUAUUUAUGUAGUUCUCAGUGAAAACAUGACUUUAAAAAAGGACAAUUUAAGGCAAAGAAACCAUGGAUUUUGAUGUAUAUUCCAGUAAGUCACUCAGAAAAUGGUUGUAGAAUUAGAAUGGGAGAGAUGAAUAAGGGAAGAUGUUGCUCUUUAAACAUGAAAGAGGAGGUUAAUGAAUAGACACAUUGGAGGAUAAAUGUUUUAUCAUGUAUUAGUAAGAAGUAAAAGGUUAAGUGGAGAUGAACCACUGUGGUUUCCUGCUCUUUUAAAAGAUGGCCUACAUCAGCCUGAUGCAGUUAUAGAGGCUGCUGUGUUAUAUUUACUAUGUCAGUGGACCUUACAUGACUAAUGUAGGAUAGCUUCAUUAUUCAUUAAAACGAAGUCUGAAUCUUAUGGGACUGCCUACUUUUACAUCAUCAUAUGGACAAGAUAAUGUUAUGUAACGAAAGUGUUUUCUUUGUAUGAUACAAAUAAAUGUAAUAACUCACUUGACAUUAUGUCAUUAGGUUAACACUUCUAUUAGUAAUAUGAGUUAUCAUCAGACAGCGCACGUUGAAGAAACUGAUGCUGCACACUAACCUUAAGUACCAAAUGGAAUCUCGCAUGAUCUCGUGAUGUCGUGAUCUCGCGAGUUCAGCUGCCUCGCAAGGUAAAUUAUACACAAUUCAUUUAGCAGCAUUUAUCAUGGAUGUGCGUCACUCGAAAUGUGACCAUGUUGGGGCAGAAGAGCACACAAAACAAGCUCACAAACACACACAUAAACAAAACGUUUUCAUAUCUAUGAGCACACAGCACUCGUUGAAACCUUAAAAUUAACAUUGUGCUAAUAAUUGACUGCUGCUCAUUAGUCUGACACAAAGCAACGUUUCCAAGCUACUGCAGCAUGUUUCUGACCAAGAGACGAGUGUAAGAUACUGACCUUUCUGCUCUGUUCUGCACUCCACCAGUUCCUGAGAAAAAAAUCUGGCUAACGUUAGCUAGCUCAUGAACUUUCUUCACCAGCUAGCUAGCUUGAUUAGUUACUAACUUUUGUUGGUGUGUGGUGCUAGAUAGGUAGCAUACAGUGGGUUUAUCCAGCAAAUUAAGCUUAGUUAAGCUAGCUGAAAGCAGCUGCUGAGACUAGGCCACUCAGUAACUUUGGCAGCCAUAUUAAUUGAAAGGCGUGUGGACCAAUCGAGAACCUGAUGUUUUUCUGGAUGUGGCUCUGAAAAUGGGGGUUCCCAGGAGGAACAUCUUGUUGGAGUCUGAGGCUACGCUUCUUCUUUAAGUCCUUAAGGAGAGCAAUAUUCCAGCUCCCAGGGUGAUCCUUGUGCAGCAGCCCUUCAUCUAGCGAAGAUUUAUUCCACCUUUCUGCAUCUUUCUGGGCUAUUGCAACCUUACCCGAGUCGGACAUCUUUGAAUACCCUCACCCCGCUGUUGCAAUGCUUCUGAUCUCAUCUGCUGCAUGCUUGGCUCGGUGGAGAGAAUUGGGGACUAUCCUCUUAAAGGCUUCCAUUUGGAAAAGCAGCACCCACCCAGUGUCCUGUCAGCAUCUUCCAGGCUGGCCACAGCUCCAACAGGUGCAGGUCGUAGAUUCCAACUCCCAUUGACAUUGCACUUCAGAGAGAUCCUAGCCAUGUAAGCUGCUCAUGUGACCUGGCCUGGCCUGUCCUGACAGUUCCAGCUCUGGCCCUGAGUCAAAUGUUUGGCCAUGAUGACAAAGCUUGCUGACAUUUUGCUGCUAAACCAGAGAACCAACAGAAAUCCAGUUUGACUGGCAGUCGCCAGGGGACAGUGCCAAAAACAACAAAUCUUUGGAAUGAAAAGUAAUCUCCCCACUCUUUCACACACAAACACACUUGUCCUCUUUCUUCCAAGCUGUUUCUUCCCUAUUAGACUUUCUUUUACUCUCUGAGUCUCUCCCUCUCUCUCUUUUUUUCCCCUCUCCUCUACCCUCCACCCCCAUCGUAAGAUACUGAUCUCACAGCAUGAGAGUACUACUCACAUCAAGGGCUCUGAGUUGAGCUAAUCAUGUCAUAAACUAGUGAGAGGGACUGCUACCUAUGAGACUGUAAAGCCAAGCAUUAAAAAGGCCAAUUUAAAAAAAAAACAAACAUAAUUAUAUGCAGGAAUGAAAAUACAAAGGCAUGACUAUGCAUUAGCAGUAUGUGACAUCAAUACAAUUGCAUAAGAAUUGCUGUCACCUCACCAAUAGCGUGUUUCAUGUUUUUUAUGUCUUUAUGAUGCAUAUGAUGCCAACAAAUUGAAACCAAAGUCAUUUCUUUGUGGUCGAAAAUGUAUCUGGUACAGAUGCCGCAUAAGAGGCAUAUUAUCAGACUCAGACAGUGGAAAAGAGCAAAAAUGAAACUCCCAUCAGUAGUCACUUAAAUGUCAAUGAAUGACAACAACAUAACACCCGCUUUAGAAAAUGUCAGCCACAGGGUUUGCAGAAUACCUGUUAACUGUUCCACUUGUUCUGCUGACCUCUGCAUGCACAUUCGUGUGUGCAGAACAUGUCUGUGUGUAUUUACAGAAACAGACACUGCAGUAGUCUGCCGUGGUCAGAGGAAGAGGAGAACGAGGUGGAGGAAUUUUUGCUUCUGCUGACUGGCUGACCUGCAUGUAAUUAGUCAAGUCAUAUUUUUAACUGAUAUUGCGUAAAAGCCAGCUUAAGGAGCCAUAGCUGCCCUAUUUAUACCCUAGGGGCUAAUGGCCUGUACCACUACACAGGGGGAUUUCCUCCCAGAACUAUACUAAGCCCGCCUUAGGCCGUACCAGUUAGGAUUCACAGGGAUUAACCCAGCAAUACAUUACAAGCGUCACCCUGUAGUCUGCAUCACUCACACUUCUACUCUCUACCUGUCUGCUCUUCACUUUAAAUGUUUAGCAUAUUCUGUUUACAUUUCUGCUUUUUAGAGGAUGGUAUAUUCUGUUUUUUUUUUUUGCUGCACUUAAGGUAGACACUCUUGAUACUUUCAUCAAUUUGUGGCACAGGAAUGUGUGCAAGUCUGUCAUGAGUGCACACAUACACAAAGAAUAAAUCUUUCUAUUACUCUUUGGAUGCAUGUUUAUGUUAUUGUGUACAUGCAGUAUACCUUGUUUGGUGUCUGGGUGCGUGUGUGUGUGUGUGUGUGUGUGUGUGUGUGUGUGUGGGUGUUAAUAGUAACUCCUGAGCCAUAAGCCCAUCCUCGUUGUGGUUGAGCCGGCUGCGGGCAGGGCUGCUGGCUCAUCCUGCUGAAGAAUGGGUCAGGGCCCUGAAGGCUGACCUGGCCCUUUGCCCAAUAAGCUAUCGCCCGUAUCACCCUGUCCUUUUAUCAGCUUAUCCCGGCUCCUUGUAGAGUAAGCCACCACACAAGGCUAGUAGUACUCCCCUCCUCACCCCCUCACCCCCCUCCCUCCAUCACUCCAACUCUACCUAAGUUUGCUGUCUGUCUAUCUAUCUAUCUAUAGCUUUCUAUCUAUCUAUUUGCCGUGUCCUCUAUCUCCCCCCUCUCCUCUACUCCCGCCUCUGUUCAGAUCUGUUACAUUCAGCAACAAAUUUCUGCUGCAUCAGACGUCCAUCAUAGAUCCCCCACUCAGCCUGAAACGUGAUCAGACACCCGAUCCAAGGCUACGCAUGAGGAAGGGGGGGUGAAAAUAAUAAAAAACAAUGCAAAAUGUCAUUUUGAUUUUUUAAAUAAAGGACUACAAACUAUGACAAAGAAAGUUCCCCAUGCUCAUAUCUGCCAGACUCUCACCUGUGGAAGUAUUUGACCUCUGUUGCUACUUUACACUUCUACUGCUAUGAUUUGCUGGGUGAAGUCUGACUCAUCUGACCUUUCUUGUCUCGGCCUGACCCUGUGUGUGUGUGUGUGUGUGUGUGUGUGUGUGUGUGUGUGUGUGUGAGAGAGUGUGUGUGUGUGAUGGACAGAUUACUUAGUGCAAAGCCGGAGCGGGAGACAGACAGAAACAGCAAGCAUGAGGUGGAGGAAGAGUGUACGCCAAAUGCCUCAGUGGUGCCAUAAAUGAUUGACAGCACAGUGUGACUCCACGGUGAGUGGUGCUUCAGUACAGAAGACUCAACAGUGAUCUGACAGUGAUGCUGUGUAGCAGCCUUCCCCUCUGUCUGCGCCCCUCGUUUUCCCGUGAGGCCCAUGUGACCUAGCCUACACCCACUCACAGGGGGCCCCCACUGCCGCUGGAGCCCACCCAUGAAUCCCAGCCCCGACCGUGGCAAAGAGUGCCUCCCUCCUAAGAAGAGGGAGUCUCGGCAAGGAUCGGCAGAACACCACGUCCCCCUGGACGAAUUUAAACCCCCUGUGCCACUUCGGAGUAGGACCAGCACAGGGAGAGGGGAGGGAGGCAGGGAGGCCAGUGACAGGGACCGAGCUCUGACUAACCCAAACCCCCAUCUCCUACAUACUCCUCCACCCCUGCCUGCUCCAGCACCAGGUCUCCCCCUGCCCCUACCAUGGCACCUGGGCUACUCUCCCUCUGUCUCUCUUCCCCUUUUCCCAGCACAGGUAGGCGAGAGGAGGGGCUCAGGGUCUCCUGCUUGGAGAGAUGAUCCUCUCUCCUCCCUGCCCCACCACUCCAGGUGGCUUAGAGGGGAAGGCCCCCUCUCCUUGCCAUCUUCCUCCUCCGCUUCCUCCUUUAAAGCUCCCCUCCCAGCCGACUCUAGAGAGAUGUGGUCCUACAUUAACAGUGGCCGACGGGACUACAGCUCUUCUCUCUUUUCCCCGUCAUACUUGUAUGGCCACCACUCUCUCUAUCCCCAAGACCCAAGUUUAGUUGAAGCCAGACACAGGUACCUGGGCAAGAGGCACAACGGACUGGAUGGGCCGGGCAGCAGGACUGCCUCAACCUCCAGGCCUCUGCUCACAGGAGAAUAUGUAAAUGACAGCAGCAGAACCAGAUUGGACUUCAGUCCACAUAGCUCCCAUACAAAUGGUGGACGGAGACAGCAGGAGGAUCUAACAUCCCAUGUCCAAUCUGGAGGGCCAUUUUUGUCAGACUCUCAAGCUCAGGAGGGCCCUGAGCCACAUUCCUCACUGCAGGACAGACAUCCGCAUGGAAUACUUAAGGCCAGCUCGAAUUUACUCUCCACCAGUCCCCAUCCCCUCGGACCAGACCCCAGGGCAGGUAGAGGGGGACUAUUAGACCCCCUGGGGGCCUCACCAGCUGAAGCCCACAUCUACUACUCCUUGGAAUCAGUGUGCCACCCAAGCCCUCAGGGCUACCCACUCUACAGCCCUUCAAGAACCCCUCUGUACAACCUGCACAGGGAGCCAGGCCCCAGGCAGCACAAUCUAAGGAACUCACCACAUUCACCCCUGGGUCUGCCUAAUAGCCAUGACAGGUCACAAAGAGACCGGGACAGAGACCAAGAAAGAGACAGAGAAAAACUCCCACAAAGGGACAGGGAGCGAAGUAAAGACAAAGAGAAGCACCUACAACAUGACAAAGAACCAGAAAGAGACAGAGAGCGCGAGAGACAUCGGGAAAGAGACAGAGGAAGAGAUUUAUCUCCUUCCAAUCUUCGCACCUCACCACCAUCCCUUCACCCAUCUCCCCCUGCGCUCCUACCUCACUUCACCAAGGGUUCUCUGAUUGAGUUGGCCAGCGGGCGGUUGAAGCACGUGGAGGAGCUGCGGACCGAGGACUUCCUGAGGAGUGCAGAUACCUCCCCAGAGUUCCACCUCAGCACCUGCACUGUGCUACUUAUUUCCCCCAGCAGUGCACAGGGCUUCAGUCACCUGCAGGUCCACCUCACAGACCGCAACACUCAGGAGUUACUGAAGGUCUUGGUGGAGUAUCCAUUCUUUGUGCAGGACCGAGGCUGGUCUUCUUGCUGUCCCCAGAGAACCACACAGCUGUAUGGCCUGCCCUGUCGCCAGCUCAUGGAGGGGGACGUCUGCCUGGCUCUCACCCCAACCCCAACCCCUACACCCACCCAGACCCACCGGACACACACGCGUACCAGCUCCAGGGCCCAUCGCACGCAACUCCCCUCCCGGCCCGCAGGAGAGUCCAGCAGCUCACACAGGGAGGAGAUGCCACCUCCCCCUCCUCCUCCCCCUCUUCCUCACCACCCACCUCCUGCUGUGCCGGCCCCUCCACGUGCCCUGGCUGCAGAGCCUCCCACUCAGGAGCAGGCGCGUCCACGCAAACGGCGCUGGUCUGCCCCAGACACCCUUCCCUCAACUAGAACUGAUGACAGCCUCCUGGAUUUACCUCAUGGCUCCAAGCUAAUGAAGUGGCAGUAGAAACUUGCACAUGCAUACAAAUACAUGCAUACUUACACACACACACACACAUAAGCACAUACACACCCUCCUUGUCUCUGCUGCACCCACCAAGACAAACAAUGGGGAGACCUCAAGGCAGGGUUGCAGGGAGGGAAUAAAAACAAUAGAAAACGCAAUUACGGGUGUCCACACUGCUGCCCAAAAGAUUAACCUAGUCCACUCUAGUCUAACCCUUGUUGCAUCUCUCCUUUCCUUUCCUUUCCUUUCCUUUCCUUUCCUUUCCUUUCCUUUCCUUUCCUUUCCAUUCCUUUCCUUUCCCUUCCCUUCCUUUCCUUUCCUCUCCUCUCCUCAACUUUUCUCAACUUUCCUCAACUUUAUUUAGCACAGCCCUGAAAGGAGCAGCAGCUGAAGGAUCUCUGGAUGGCUCCUUACAGACACACUGAAGACAUUUAGUGAGACAAUCAAAGCACUUGUCUGUGUUCACUCUGUUUUUGUAAUGGUUGUCCCACACACCUACCUACUGACAGUGUUUCCUGCAGGGUAUCGAUUUCAAUCAGUGUUAUGAAAGUAAACGCUAUUGAAAAAGUGCAGAUAUAUAUGAACAAAAAUUGACUAUAUAUUACAUUACAGAUGUUAUAUACAGUAAAUAUGCUAAACAGAUUUAAUGCAAUCUCUCUGUCAAUUUCGCAAUGCAUUUUGUUUUGUUUUUUUAUUAUCUUGCUUCUGAGCCGAUGUCUACGUGUCGGCCUGGGCAGGCAAGGUGAAUGUAUGAGCAACUCUUCGCCUUUUUUUAUUCUCGUCACUGGGAGUCAUUUCAAACAAUUGUUCUUCAAGGCAUUACACUCCAAUAUGUUCUUAACAUUAUCUCUGAGAAAGGGAGAACACUAAUGAAACUGCGUAACAGACAAUCCCACCUACACAGGCAGGUCUGUACCACAUCGCCUCGACACUCAUGGUGUUUUUCCAUUAAAAACUGUGAUGGAAAGAGUAAAAAGUGCAGUAUGGCUGAAGAGUAAUGGUGCUAAUAACACGUUGGAAGAUGAUGCUUUGUGAAUACUCUUGACCCCCAUGUACUGUACGCUUCUGUUCCCAUCUCAUUUUUUACGUACUGUAUAUGUUUGAAGGCAGGGAAAAUGAUGAAAGUAUUUUAAACUCAGAUACGGGUAUCUCCUCUGAUUCAGCACACUCUCUCACUUUAGUUUUUGUGUUUGUUUUUUUAUUUUCAAAAAGAAAACUUUACCUGUUGAUUUUUCUUUUUAAAUGU